ACUACAACUCCCAGCAUUCAAAGCGGGAAGCCUUUGGAAGCGGUUCCUCGGCUCUCUCGGUCCAGGCUCGGACGCGGAGCCGCAUUUUUCCGCUCCUUUACAGCCGGAUAAGGCUUUUUGAAAUAACGAGCCGAACAGCGUCAUCAUGGGCAACGGCAUCAACAAGGUGCUGCCUGACCUGUAUUUGGGGAAUUUCAGAGAUGCAAGAGACCGGGAACAAUUAGCCAGACACAACAUCACACACAUCCUGUCGAUUCAUGACAGCGCAGCUCCGAUACUCCAGAAGCGCACACUUGGGCUGCUAUUGAUCAGUGGCCCGCUGACCGGUAACUGGUGGUACUUUGUCCCUCAGGAGAUGACCUAUCUCUGCAUUUCAGCUGCUGACCUGCCCUCACAAAACCUAACUCAGCACUUUAAACAAAGCAUAACGUUCAUGCACGAGUCCCGCCUGAAAGGAGAAGGCUGCCUCGUUCAUUGCUUGGCGGGCGUGUCCCGCAGCGUCACCCUGGUGCUGGCGUACAUCAUGACGGUCACGCGUCUGGGCUGGCAGGAGGCGCUGGCUGCAGUGCGGGUGGUCCGGCCCUGCGCCGGCCCCAACCUGGGCUUCCAGCGCCAACUCCAGGAGUUUGAGGCCACUCAAGCGGAUCAGUUCAGAGAAUGGCUACAGAAGGAAUACAAGGACAACUCCUUCAGUGAUGAGGCUGAUCUACGUGACUUGCUCGCUGCGGCGUCUAAAGUCAAUGGUGACUGGGUGGAAAAGCAGGAAUCUACCCCACCCGGAGACCUCUGAUCAGACCUUUCGAUGGAGAUAAUAAGAUGAUCCCGCCGAUCGACACCACGGCGCUCAGGACCCAUCUGGAGGUCUACGUUUCCUCCAGAGUGUGCUCCUGUCACGAUGUUUAUGCCCCCGAGUAUCAUGGACAUUAACACUGAAAGAGACAAUUGACACCUGAGGCAAAGAUGCCGCUUUAGCUUUGGUUGGUGUUUAUGCAGCUUUAUCUUUUCUUCAAAUGUAUGGAUGGAUGUUGUUGUUGUUGUUGUUGUUUUUUUUUGUACUGUGUCAUGAUGAUUUAAAACCACGUAGUUAAAUGAGUAAAGAAAAAGUGCUUUGUGAAAUCUUUGUCGACUUGACGGUGAUAAGAAAACACGUGCUGUGCCCUGUUUA